AAGAUUCAGUUUAUUCCGUUUGCGUCUUCUUUGUAUUGUUAUUUUUUGUAUUUGACAUCUUUGAAAACGUUGAUGAUUUCUUGGUUCAGAUGUUGUCUUGAUGACCUGACGAUCAUCGAUGGUUUCACUGAUUCAUUGAUUUGUGUUUUCACAGCGUGUGUGUUGCGUUUUAAUGGAUUCUCUCUGGUGUACGUCCUCCUGCUGCUGCUGCUGCCACUGCUACCUGACGCCUCCCCCUCCUCAGGAACCAAUACUGACCCCUCCCCCUCCACAGGUAACGUGUGUCACUGUGUGAUGGCGCUGUGUGUCUCCAGCUUUCUCUUCCUGUUGCUGCAGUCAUUCUUUCAGCUGACGACCCUGAGCCUCCAGCCCGUGUCGAACUGUACUUCAUGGCAGAAAACUCUCAGUCAGCUGGGCCUCCUGAGUUUCACAGGAAGUGAUGCAGGGUCUGCAGUGAGACAGCUGUUUCCAGAUGUCGGCGUGCUGGUCAUCAGUUUGCUGACGUGGAGGCUGAUUGUGAAACUAAACACCAACACACACAUGCAGCCUCAGCUGGACUUCCAGCAGAAGCUGGAGGAGGAUGAGGAGGAGGAAGAGGAUGAGCUGAUGUUUGAGGAGGACUCUGUGCUUAGUGAAGAAGAGGAGGAGGAGAAAUGCAGAAGAAACUGGGUUUUGUUUGAACUGGAGUUACUGAUUUGUAAAACCAGGAAGAUGAUUGGAAACAUGACGAUGGCGGGAGGGAAAGUCCUUCUGACGGUCUUACUAGGAAUCACAGGCAUUGUCUUCCCCUCCCUAUCCUCCCUCCUCUACCUUCUUUGUUUCCAGGUGUUGUGUACCUGCUGGGCAUGGUCAGGUCAGGUCCCAACAUUACUCUUCAGGUGUGUGUCUGUGAUGUCACUAGUCUACUCCUCCUCCCACUUCCUGCUCGUCUACUGCUAUCAGCUGCCCUCGCUUCAGGAGGCGUGGCCUCCUAACAGCACAUCUGCCAGUGUGAUGGGCCUGGUCUCGGUGGUCUCAGUGGACUGUGCUGCCCCCUGGAGUAUGCAGGUGAACACUGACCUCUACUGGUUUCACUUCUGCAGCCCGCUGAUGUUGCUGCUGCUUUACAACACUGUGGCAGCUCUGUGGAGGAACCAGCUGAUUGACGGCGAUGGGGGGCAUGGUGUUGAGAGAUCAGAGUCAGCGUUCAGUCAGAGCUGUGACAUCAUCACUGCCACCAGUAACCUUAGUGAUGAAGUCACUGGUGACAUCACAGCUGAGAGGAGGAGGGAGCUGUGGAGGAGAGCUCAUGAUCGCCCCGUGUUUAGAAACGUGUUGACGUCAUCCACCAACGACAGUCCGUCAAACUCUUUAGCUCCUCUCAGUCAAAGUGCAGCCCUGGGGUUGGAUGUUUCCUCCAUGCCUCAGUACUCUCUCAGCCAAUCAGACACGUUGGAGACUUGUGUGUUUGAAGAAGAAUGGGAGGAAGAAGAGGAGGUGAGGAGGAGGGGGGAGGAAAGUGCGGCCUCGAUGGCGUUCGGUUUCCUCCUCAAUCAGAGUUACAUCUGCGCUCUGAUCGCCAUGAUGGCGUGGUCCGUCACAUACGUGUCCUGGCUGACAUGUAUUCUGCUGCUGUGGUCCUGCGUCCUCUGGAUGAUGCGAGAGCGCCGACAAUACACGCUGAUGUCAUCUCCCUGGCUGGUUGCCUACGGAAACCUGCUGGUCAUCCUGCAGUACGUGUACAGCUUCCCCCCCAUCGAGGGAGUUCCUGGACUGUUCCCCCGAAAAGAUGAUCCCUGCAGAGAGCUCGCCUCAAAGCUGCUGUGUCUGCUGAGCUUCUGGCUGCUGCUACGUCAGGCGCUGACUGAGAAGACAGACAGGCAGAUAAAUGAACAGACAGACAACCAGCUGUCUUCCAUCACCGUCCACCUGGAGGAGGAGCAGAGGGCGGAUGAACAUCUACAGGACAAGAAGCAGGAGGAGGUGUCGUAUGAGGAGCUGCUGCUUCUGCAGGGUGGAGGAGGAGUUAGGAUGGAGGCCCUAGUUGCUGUGGUUACCAGGAUGUUUAUUAAAUACUGGAUCUACGUUUGUGGAACCAUGUUCUUCUUCGUGAGUUUUGAGGGGAAAAUGGUCCUUUACAAAGUCAUCUACAUGGUCAUGUUCCUGUGCUGCGUCGCCCUCUACCAGUUAAACUAUGAGCGUUGGCGUGCCUUGCUCAGGGGUUUCUGGGUAGCUGUGGUUGUUUACUCCAUGCUAGUUCUUAUCCUGGUCUACACCUUCCAGUUCCCCUCAUCCCCCCACCUGUGGAGUUACUACACAGGACUCAGCACACACAGGUUGGAGGAUGUUGGUUUGGAGAAGUUCUCGGUUCCCGUCCUCUUCACUAAGAUCUUCAUCCCUGCUGCGUUCCUUCUGGUGUGCAUCGUACACCUGCAUUACUUCCAUGAACCCUUCCUGCUGCUGACUGACCUGAAGACUGUGGUGGACACACACAACAGCACCAUCACCAGGUUGGUCCAUUCUGAAGGCAGCCUUUAUGACCUUUCUCUGGGUGGAUCUCCUGAACUCCUCAAGGAGGACGAGAAGAGAGGAGGAGAAAGGGGGACAGAGGAGGACAAAAAGAAGACAUGGAUAAAGGGAGAGGAAAAGGAGGAGCAGGAGAUAUACCCCUGUGUGUUUGAUGGGGAAACCCUGUCUGACCAUCUUACAGUCCUGAUCUCCUGGAGGCUGGUGGUGGAUCGUCUCUCUGUUCUGUUCCUGCACCUCCUGCUCUCCCUGCAGCACCUGCAGCACCUCCUCUGGUGGUUCUUGGAAUUACACAUCAUUAAGAUCGUUUCCUCCUAUAUCAUCUGGGUUUCUGUGAAAGAGGUGUGUGUGUUGAAUCUUCUCUUCGUGCUGUGUGUGGCAAUGGCUCUUCCCUGCAGGCGGUGGCGCCCCCUGCUGUCAGGAGUGUGUACAGUCUGGACGUGUGUGCUGACUGUCUGUAAGAUGUUGUACCAGCUCAAUGUAGUUCAGCCAAUCAGAUACUCCUCCAACUGCACCACGCCAGGUAACUCCAGCACAGACCUGUCUCACUCUGUUUUGUACUCUGGUCCAGUUGACCCCGCCCAGUGGGUGGGGCUUCGCAAGACAGAUGGAAAACUGCUUUACUACCUGAAAUAUAACCUCAUGAUGUUAGCACUGCUAGCCUUCGAGGUGACAGUUUACCGACACCAGGAGCUUUACCGUCUUCGCCAUGACCAAGUCCCGCCCUCAACAAGAACCUUGUUUCAUGACAUCACCAGGCGUCAGUUAGAUGACAGCCUGAUGAGCUGUGUUAAGUACUUCCUGAACUACUUCUUCUACAAGUUUGGACUUGAGACCUGCUUCCUGUUGGCUGUGAACGUGAUUGGUCAACGGAUGGAUCUGUUUGCUGUAUGUCAAGCUCUCGGCCUCAUCACUGUCCUAUCACAGCGCAGCAGGAAGCGCAUCAGCUCUGUGUGGCCUAAGUACUGCUACUUCCUGUCAGGACUGUUGUGUUUCCAGUACCUGGUGUGUAUUGGAUUCCCUCCGGCGACAUGUAAAGAUUAUCCUUGGAGACCUCCAUCCUCAAACUUGGACUCCAAUGUUGUGAAGUGGCUCUUCCUCCCGGAUCACCUAACACCACCAAACCCACUCUUCCUCCUCUACGACUUCAUGCUCCUCCUCGGAGCCUCCCUGCAGCUGCAGGUGUUUGAGGAGGAGCUCAAGGCGUCGGUUCAGCUCCUUGCAGGAGACAACUGUGAGCUGGAUGAAGAUGAAGGACAUGUCUGUGAUCCAAUCAGAAAGCUUCAUGUCAGUACGGUCCCUGACUUUAUGAUGUGCAGGUCUUAUCUGGACAUGAUGAAGGUGAUCAUCUUCUGUUACAUGUUUUGGUUUGUCCUCACUGUCAUCUUCAUCACUGGGACCACCAGGAUCAGUAUCUUCUGUAUGGGUUACCUGGUGGCCUGUUUCUACUUCCUGCUGGUGGGCGGAGACUUGCUGCUGAAACCAGUCAGAUCCAUCCUGUUGUACUGGGACUGUCUGAUUGGUUACAACGUGUUCGUCAUCACCAUGAAGAAUAUUCUGUCGAUCCUGGCCUGUGGUUUCAUUAAGUCGUUGGUCUUGAAUCACUGUUGGUUGAUUCAGCUCUUCUCAUUGGCCUGCACCAUCAAAGGAUACACUAAACCGGAGCAGCAGAGCAGUAAACAGUGUGAGUUGCCGAGCGACGAGGCGGGGAUCAUCUGGGACGGUGUAUGUUUCUGUUUCCUGUUACUGCAGAGACGAGUCUUCAGGAGCAACUACUUCCUGUUUGUGGUCCUGGACCUGCAACACACACAACUACUGGCCUCCAGGGGGGCAGAGCUCUUCCAGGCGUCCACAGUGAAAGCUGUCAGGGCCAGACUCGAGGAUGAGAAGACGUCCAUGGAUCUGCUGAAGAGACAGAUGGAGAGGAUUAAAUCUCGACAGCAGAAGUUCCGCAGAGGAAAAGAGAAGAUGUUGAGUUUGACCCAAGAAGGCUUCCGUACUGAUGGUCAAGAGAAGAAGAAGAAGGGACAGGGACAGAAGGAGUGGUGGAGGCCCUGGGUAAACCACGCCUCAAUGGUGAGGAGUGGGGAUUAUUACCUGUUUGAGACUGACAGUGAGGAGGAGGAGGAGGAGGAGGAGGAGAAAAAAGGGGAGGAGCCACCUGAGAAAUCAGCCUUCCAGUUUGUCUAUCACGCCUGGAUUACAGACUCCAGAACAGCUAUGAGAGCGCGCAUAAACCAAAAGAAACUGAGGAAGAAGACUUCCUGUGAACCAAGGAGCAGGAAGGAGGAGCCCCGAGGAGCUGCUGGACUCAUAGAGGUCACAGAGGAGAACGAGGAGGAGGAGCAAGAGGAGGAAGAGGAGGAACCAGACACCGUGCUGCGUCGGUUCUCCAACACGCUGAGGUUCUGUUGGGUUCUGCUGUCGGCUCUCCUGGACUCUCUGACCACCUGGCUCAGCGGUCUGUGUCAGGAACACGUCGACAUCUCAGCUGUUCUCCGCAUAGAGCGCUGCAUGCUAAUGCAGCAGGCUAAGCAGGGUCUCGUUCCCAGCAGAGACGCCAUCCACCUCUACUACCAAGAACAGAUGAUACACACCUCCACAGAGUCUGGUCUGGACUCCAUUACCCAUGAGGCUGCAGGGGAAAACUCAGCAGGAAGGGAGGCAGAGGAAGGGGAGGGAGGAGUGAGUGCUGAUACAGACAAAGAAAUGAAACCAGGAGAGAAUCCUGAAUCUGAAUCAGCAUCAGGAGGAGGUCCAAAACCAGAACUAGAGUCAGGAAUAGACGGUCCAGGUGAAACUACACCUGAAACCAAACCUGAACCUGAAUCGGAAUCAGGACCAGGACCAGGACCAGGACCAGGACCAGAACCAGAACCAGCACCAGAAACAAGAGGGGAUGACCCAGAAAAAAAAACAGCAGAGGACCCAUUGUUAGGAGUUAGAGUAGAGAGGUCAGAGAGUUCAGAGGGCAACCCACCUGUUCAAGGUGAAUGUUACCCAGAAUGCCUUGUGACUAACCGAUGGCGACCCAAACUGUGCAGGAUGGAUAGAGUCAAAUCUUCAUGGUCCUCUUCAGAAGGAGAGACGAUGAGUCGGACCCACAGCACUGAAGAUUCAGGUCAGCCACUUCCUGUUGACUCUCAGCAGACUCAAACCUUCAUCGGUAACUCCCCCCUCUCCUCCCCAACCUCCCCCUCCUUUCUCCCCCUCCCCCCAUCUUACAGUCUCAGUCUGGAGCUGCAGGAGGAGGAGCAUGGGAGGAGGAGGGGGGAGAGGUGUGACUUCCUGUCUGACUCUCGCACUCAGGAACUGACAGCCAGUGAGCUGCUGAGGAACAGGACAUUCUAUGCUGACCAUCUGGAGGUGUCAGACCGUUUCUAUGGAAACCAACACCAGCUGCUCCAGCUGGCCUACGCCCUCUACAACAUCUUGGCCGCCAGGUCAGAAACGGUGUGUUACCUCGUCAUCGUGCUGAACCACAUGGUGUCUGCCAGCUGCCUGACACUUGUUCUUCCUGUGCUCGUGUUCCUCUGGGCCACGCUGUCCGUCCCUCGGCCCAGUAAGACCUUCUGGAUGACUGCUAUCAUCUACACCGAGGUCACCAUCGUCAUCAAGUACUUCUUCCAGUUCGGUUUCUUUCCCUUCAACCAGAAACUGGAGCUGGACCGCUCCAAACCCUUCCACCCACCCAACAUCCUGGGCGUGGAGAAGAAGGAAGGCUACGUCCUGUACGACCUGCUGCAGCUGCUCACCCUCUUCUAUCACCGCGCCAUCCUCAAGUGCCACGGCCUUUGGGACCAGACUGUUUCUACGGAGCCAGACUAUCUCCAUCACCAUGACAACCAAGCCACCUCAGGCCACAGUGCAACCUCUUUUGACCCCGCCCACACGUUGCGACAGCGAGGCAGACAACGGACGCUAUCUAGCUCCGCCCAGCUGCGCUCUUCUGCAGGCAGUGUUAGCUCCAGAGCCCAGCAGCUCAGCAGGGUCCAUCUGCUGCUGGAGAAAGUCCAAGAGGUUUUUAUGAGAUCCAAGAACACCUGUGUUAGCAGGUGUUUGUCUCUCUAUCGUCCUGUUCUUCAGUUCUUUAGAGCUCUCGUCCAACCAGAAUACAGCGCUGUAACUGAUGUCUACGUCCUCAUGUUCCUGGCUGACACCGUCGACUUCAUCAUCAUCGUCUUUGGCUUCUGGGCUUUCGGGAAACACUCUGCAGCUGCUGACAUCACUUCCUCCCUCUCAGAGGACCAGGUCCCUGAAGCUUUCCUGGUGAUGGUUCUGAUCCAGUUUGGUACCAUGGUGAUAGACAGGGCUCUGUAUUUGAGGAAGACAGUUUUGGGGAAGUUGGUCUUUCAGGUGAUUUUGGUUUUUGGGAUUCACUUCUGGAUGUUUUUCAUCCUGCCGACGGUCACUGAGAGGCGUUUCAGUCAGAACCUGGUGGCUCAGCUCUGGUACUUUGUGAAGUGUGUGUACUUCGGUCUGUCGGCCUAUCAGAUUCGAUCGGGUUACCCCACACGAGUUCUGGGAAACUUCCUGACGAAGAGCUACAACUACCUGAACCUCUUCCUGUUCCAAGGGUUCCGUCUGGUUCCCUUCCUGACGGAGUUGAGGGCGGUGAUGGACUGGGUGUGGACGGACACCACCCUGUCUCUGUCCUCCUGGAUCUGUGUGGAGGACGUCUACGCCCACUGCUUCGUCUUAAAGUGCUGGAGGGAGUCCGAGAAAAGGUACCCUCAGCCCCGCGGGCAGAAGAAGAAGCGGGUGGUGAAGUACGGGAUGGGCGGGCUCAUCGUUCUGCUGCUCAUCUGUAUCGUUUGGUUCCCGCUGCUCUUCAUGUCGCUCGUCAAAUCUGUCGCUGGAGUCAUCAACCGACCGCUCGAUGUCUCUCUGACCAUCACACUGGGAGGCUUCCAGCCUAUCUUCACGAUGAGCGCUCAACAGAAUCAGCUCUGGGAUCUGACUGAGGAAGACUUCAGCUCCUUCACCGCCUCCUACAGCUACACACCUAGUGCCUUGCAGUUCCUGGAAGCAUACGGUCCUGAGGACGUGACAGUGGCAGAGCUGCAGGGCAGCAGUAACUCUCUGUGGACCAUCAGUCCACCCAGCAGGCAGUACCUGAGCCAAGUGCUGCACCUGGACCACUUCCCCCUGACCCUAUCCUGGACUGUUCAGAGGAACUUGAGUCUGGGGGCAAAGGCGGAGCUUGCAUCAGGUAAACAUGUGACCUACUUGGAUGAUCAGACUCGCCUGGAACUAAUCCAACUGCUGAAUGGAACCAGGACACUACCUGUAGUCAUACAUGAAGUCUUUCCGUGUUUCAUCCGAGCUCCCAGCGACUCCAAUGCUAAACCCAUCCAACAUCUGUAUACAGACGAACAGUACAUGGACAUCCUGCUGGACUUGGAACGCUCAACCAAUCACAGCCAAGAGAUCCAGGAGUGGUGGAUCGUCGACCAACCAUCUCCUCGUCUGAUACCUGAUGAAGGCGGGGCCUCACUGAGUGACAGGAGGGAGGCGGGGCUUCAGCUGUUUGUGUUCAGUGAUAAAGUCAGUCCUCCGAGUCUCGGCUUCCUGGCUGGAUACGGCAUCAUGGGAUUGUACGCCUCGGUGGUGUUGGUGAUCGGGAAGUUUGUCCGAGAGUUCUUCAGUGGGAUCAGUCACUCCAUCAUGUUCGAGGAGCUGCCGUGUGUCGACCGCAUCCUCAAACUCUGCACCGAUAUCUUCCUGGUGAGGGAGACAGGUGAACUGGAGUUGGAGGAGGAGCUUUACGCCAAACUGAUCUUCCUGUAUCGAUCACCUGAGACGCUGAUCAAAUGGACCCGGCGAUGACAUCAUCAAGUUUUUACCUGCUGUGACAUCAUCUGUCAGACAUUCUUUAAACAGAGAACAUUCUUCUGAUGCACAAGCGAUUAUCAUUAUAGAUGGAUAAAAAAGCACUUUCAGGCACUUAUUUUGAACGUUUCGGGUAACAGGAAAAAGAUGACAUUACCUGUAUUCUUGGUGACCAAUAGGAACACCAGGUAGGCAGAGCUUACCGUGUGAUGAACCCAGUCUGAUGUGCGGAUGUUAUUUCAUGGCAGACAGUGCUAAUGGAAAUAUAAUGUGUUAAAUCCUGGAAAACCUGGAUCUCUUAUUGCAGCUUCAUGUAAAAGUCCUUGUCAUCCUGGAACGUUCCUGAGUGUAAACGUCCUGAACACACAGACGAGCAGCCAAAGUGUUCAACCAAUCAGUGAAUGAAGUGUAAAUCAGCCCAACCACUACCAAAUCUCUAGCCAUGUGAUUGGACGCUGAUGGUGUCACUCACAGGUGUUUAGAUAUACACUGAAAUGCUACUUCCUGUAUAUUCUCAGCUUCUUCCUGCAUUAGGAGUGAUCGAUUAACAAGUGUCAGAUAGUGUUUACAUGUAAACAAAAUAAUCUCAGCUGUCUUCCUUUAUUUUAAUUAUUUUAAUUUUUCAAUGUUUACAAAACAAGUCUGUUUUUAAAGGGUUAAAUGUGCUGUGACUAGCUCUUUGUUAGCUGUGAUUAGCUGUGACUAGCUCUCUGUUAGCUUUAAUUAGCUGUGACUAGCUCUUUGUUAGCUGUGACUAGCUCUUUGUUAGCUAUGAUUAGCUGUGACUAGCUCUCUGUUAGCUAUGAUUAGCUGUGACUAGCUCUCUGUUAGCUUUAAUUAGCUGUGACUAGCUCUUUGUUAGCUGUGAUUAGCUGUGACUAGCUCUUUGUUAGCUGUGAUUAGCUGUGACUAGCUCUUUGUUAGCUUUAAUUAGCUGUGACUAGCUCUCUAUUAGCUGUAUAUAGUUAUACAUGUGUGGGGUGCUGGUGGCGCUGUGGUUAGUGCGUGCGCCCCAUGUAUGGAGGCUGUCCUCUCAAGCGGGCGACCCGCAUUCGCUUCCCGUCUGUGGCCUCUUUCCCGCAUGUCAUUCCUCUCUCUCUCUCUCCCUGAUUUCCGACUCUAUCCACUGUCCUCUCUCUCCAUUAAAGGCACAAAAAGCCCAAAAAUUAAUCUUUAAAAAAAAUAGUUAUACAUGUGUGUUAAUAGUGAUGCAUGUGUAGUGAUAGUGAUACAUGUGUAUUGAUAGUGAUACAUGUGUGUUAAUAGUGAUACAUGUGUAGUGAUAGUGAUACAUGUGUAGUGAUAGUGAUACAUGUGUAUUAAUAUUGAUACAUGUGUGCUAAUAGUGAUACAUGUGUAGUUAUAGUGAUACAUGUGUGUUAAUAGUGAUACAUGUGUGUUAAUAGUGAUACAUGUGUAGUGAUAGUGAUACAUGUGUGUUAAUAGUGAUACAUGUGUGUUAAUAGUGAUACAUGUGUAGUGAUAGUGAUACAUGUGUGUUAAUAGUGAUACAUGUGUAUUAAUAUUGAUACAUGUGUAGCGAUAGUGAUACAUGUGUGUUAAUAGUGAUACAUGUGUAUUAAUAGUGAUACAUGUGUAGUGAUACAUUGAUACAUUAAUUAAUAGUGAUACAUGUGUAGUUUUAUAGUUUAAUAAUUUUAAAGGUUUAUAAUAUUACAGGAUGCUGUAGCUUUCAUUAGGACUGAGAUAGCGCAAUGCUAGGUCUUUGUUUGCUUUACAUUAGCUCGCCAUCAGGUCUAAUUAGCACUUCAUUAUAUGUGCUGAAGCUAACUGCUAACAGUGUGAUGUGUGUUGAAUAAAAUAAGUGAGGACAUCUGUUUGAAGGGUUAGUGAUAGAAAACUGGAAUGGAUGAACAACGCUAGAAUCACGUUUUUCUUUAAAGUUAGACAAUUGAACCCUGAUUAUAUGACUGAUAAUUAACUGUGUGUGUCCUGUGAAGAUUUGAAGUAAAAAUGUGAAAAUAAAAGAAAUGUGUUCACCAGA